GCGUUUUUAUUAUCUUCGAUGUUGAAUUGGGAGGGGCCUUUCUUUCCUUCUUUCCUUCCUUCCUUCCUUCAAGCCAGGAUAGCAUGUCAAGGCCCAAAGCUGACGCGCUUCAGAACCUCUCAUCACUUUCACUUUCCUUUCCUUUCCUUCCCUUCUCUUCUGGACAAAGAUCGAUUGGAGAGACGGUCGGUCUACGAAUGAGGCAAACCACAGACAGAGAGAGAGAAAGAGAGAGUUCUUUCAGCACGUACAAAUGUCUCGAAAGUUGGCUACAACUAUGUUAUUCAUCAGCACGUUCAAGUAGUAGCAGCAGCAGCAGCAGCAACAACGUCAGAGUGCACAAAGGUUAUGAGGCGUUGAUUUCAGUUGUACAGUACAAAAUUACACUUAUGUCCAAAUGCCGAAAGUCCACGGACAGGCCGAGUCCCCUCGUCCACAACCUCGAGGACUUUCGACUCGUUCAACCGACCCAAGACCGAGCCACUUAGCGCCAGAAUCUGAGUGUACCCCAGCACGCAGGCAAGUCGAAGUCCCUGGCGCUGGAUGCAGCUCUCGACACCGACGGAGACUGCACUCUCACUCACUCUGUCCUGGCGGCCUGGUCUGGUCUGGUCUGGUCUCGGAUUCAACCCACAGCUCGAUAGUCAUCGGUCGAGGUACAGGAGGUGCUUUCGUGCCUCGGCCAUCAGAACUCCCGCAGCCCACCAAGCCCAAGCCCCGGGUGGGAACCGCUGUCAGGGGUUCUCAGACGCUUUCAUUCAAAGGGGAUUGGGAUUGGAAUGGGAUGGGAUGGGAUGGGAUGGGAUUGGAUUGGAUUCGAUGGGGUAAGAGCCAACACAAACAAGCUUGUGUCAUUCACUCGAGUGUCGAACAUUCGUUCGACCGUGUCAUGUUUUGAUGAUGAUAUAUGGAGGAGGUGCCAAGCCAAGCCUCCCCCACCCUAAGCCUACACACUAACUUCAAACCUGGAGCACAAGCCCCGUAAAAUUUUGAUAAUUUUCUGAAGAAGACGAGCCAUUGCUCAAAUGAGAAUCGUCUAUCGUGUCCAAUUGUGUCGAAUCAAUUCGUAAGAGAGAAGCUGCGUGUCCAUGCCUGAAUGCCAUUACUCUACACGUGCGCGGGGAAGCUCGACCCCCGAGACUUGUGAUGGACUACGAAUUAUUAUCGGGAAGAGAAGAGGGAGAGAGAGGGGAUCAGACGAGGUCCAAGUACGCCAGAUUGCCCGGGAUGUAGAAAGCGUAGCGGCCAUCGUCGACAGAUCGGGCCAGAUAGUCGCGGAGGACGUUCUCGUCGAUGGAGUCGUGGCGCUGGUGCGACUGCUGCUGCUGCUGCUGCUGCUGGUUGUGGUGGCUCUGAUGCUGCUGGUGCUGCUGGUGGGGCGAGGGCUUGCGACCCACUCGGUCGCGCGCGUUGCGGUGCAGCCCCACGGCAACGGCCGCCGAGGCGCGCGACCUCGAGGCGCCCGCGGAGUGGCUCAGGCUCACGCACGACAGGCACACGCUGCGGAUGAAUCGGAAGAGCUGCGCGCGGAUGAUAAUGCGCGUCCUCGUCCGGCCCACGUCCGAGCUCACUCGCUUCAACGUCUUCGAUUGCGCCGUCGCGCCCCCCUCCGCCUCCGCGCUGCCCCCGCCGUUCUCGAACCGGUGGUACUUUUUCCUCUUCACGCUCCUGAAGUAAUCGUUCAUGUGCAACGUCUCCAUCGAAGCCCAGCCCCUACCCCAGCCCCUGCCCCUGCCCCUGCCCGCUCCCCCUCCCGACGCAGCGACGGCAAAUCCCGCGACGGUCAGUGGCUGGCGAGCGAGCCCCUCGAUGGGGCAAGCUUAGCGCUAGCACCCAGCACGUAAGCACCUAGCACUGCUGCAUCUGUGCAACCUUCAUCGUCCGCCGAAUCGAAGAUCUGAAAUCGUCUCGGGGCUCGGAGUCGGAGAUGAAUGGCAGUGGGUGUGUGAUGAUCGGAUCUGGGUGGCAGACAGCGAAACGAAAUCCUUCAUUCAGCGGGGCACUGAAUGAAGCUUUCGGAUCUCGCCGCCGCCCCCGAGGACCAGAGAUUGUCACCGAAUUGCAAGACUUCUGCCCGGGGCUAGUCCAUGCGAGUGGAUCGAUCGAACGAGGCGGCGCAGAAGCACCGAAUGCGAAUGUCCUAACUUCCUAAGGUCCUGAGGCGCUUCCCUGUCCGGUCCUGAGCGUGAGCGUACUGAAGAUGAUGGUGGGUGCUUCCCCAGGCGGGUAUGGUAAUAAGCGCUGCGCACAAGCCCACGCGCUCGGUCGUCCCGUCGCGCGCUGGGUCAUGGUCAUGGUCCUUCGCCUCGCUCUUCUCUCGGAGAAACGAUCGAGCGAGAGCGAGACGGAGGCGGAGAGAUAGAAGAGAAUCAUUGUGAGAGUGCACGCCGAGGGGACAGGGACUGGGCUUGGGCUUGGGCUUGGGCUAGACUGGGGCCAGCGGCACGUGGCUGCGCGGGGGGUCAGCGAGGCCAAAAAGCUGCAGGCCACAUUCCAUUCAGACGGGGUUCUGAAUCGCGGGCUGGGCUUAGAGCUUCUGUCGGCCCGGCCCGGCCCAUCCCAUCCCGGUCUCCCAGCCCCCGCGCCGGACGGGACGGGGGCGCUCGCCGGCUGCCAGCCAGCCCCCGGCCUGAAUCUCUCCGCCAUCAAACUCCUCUACUAUCCCCUCCAGCCCCUCCAGCCC